GCUUUCUCCCAUUCUAGGUGUGUUUGAGAUCUGCGGGGUGACGGGGAGUGCUGCAGCCUUUUCCGUUUCGAGCUAUCAGUGGGACGCGGUGUGUCGAUUCGCGGGCUCAGCGGGCUGCUUUCGAAACGCUCGAGUGUAUCAUGGAUCUGUAUGGAGAAGUGGAGGGCGGUUCCGUGCAGCUGACUGGAUCUGCCAUCCGUCUUUGUUCGGAUGAUGGAAGUGCGGAGUUAGAAGCCUUUCGGGAAAGCUUGCGCAGGCGGGCCAUGCAGUGGGACUCUCAGGGGGUCGUCGCAGUGCUUGAGGGACAUCAAUCUUCCACGGAUUCCGAGGAACCAUCAACUGGUAACGCGUCGGCCGAAGGUCCUCAGCCUCCGCAUCCUGUCGUGAUAGUGGACUCAACGACUCAGCAGAGCGCCGGCAGUCCACACCACACUCCUUCCAUUUUCGGCUUGGAUGUUGGCCACGACUUCGCCAAGCAUCCGCCAACGAACCGUUAUCCAGCACACCUCUUUACUCCAUUCGGUGGCCAUGCACAACUACAUGGACACUCCAGCUCGACAACUGAUAACAGCGGAGUCAGUGAGGAAGUGCAUUUGUGUGGGAGUCCUACGAUGUUGGUGAACGGCAACGGGAGCAGUUCGUGCGAAGAAGAUGACUGUGCCUAUGUUGGAGAGGCAAAUGCGGCGUACACAUUUUCAGAAGAGUUCAACACGGACAUCGGAGAGGAUGGAAGUGGACAAGGGAGUGACAGCACGGGGGGGUCGGCGCAGGACAUAAAUGCAGCCACAAGCAUUGACGUGACAGUUCGUGCGGGUGGUGAUGCACAUGGUGGUGGUGACGACAGCGGUGACGAAGGCAGUGAUGACGGUGCUGCGUCAGGCGGUGAGGGCGGUGGCAAUGGUAGUGUUGGCGGGGGAGGAGACUCUGGUGAUUCGCUGGGCUUGUCACCGGGAGAAAAGACAAGAACAGGAAAGAGGAAGAGGAAUUGUUGGAGCGAUGAUGAGACCGUUGCCCUCAUUCGCGCUCAUGGUGACCUUCUCUGUGGCAAGGAUUUGACAUCAGAAAACAUGGGAAACACAUUGAGCGGGAAGAAGAAUGGCAAGUUGUGGCGGCUAUCCUUGCAAGCAAGGGAUUCACAAGAGAGUGGAUUGAUUGCCAAACCAGACAUAAGAACCUGGCAGGCUGGCACCAAAGGAUCGGAGACAACGAUCGGAGGAGUGGACAACAGAGCUACUGGCGAAUGAUGCCAACAAAACAGUGCGCAGAGA